UCGGUGACUUAGUAUUUUGCCCUCCAACACUAUUUUCCGUAGAAAAAGUUAAAUUAAUCUUUAAUGCCUUCUACUUCGCCCUUGUUUAAUGCGUUAUAACGACCCACUAGUUUAAUGCGUUCCUCUUUCUACGGCACUAAUCUCCCUCCCUCCCAAAUUCAAGUUAAAAAACUGCCAUUUUCGUAGGCUUUCAGAGUUCUGUGAAUGUGAAUAUGUCUGUGUUAGCGGAAACGAGUCCCUCAGAGAUGUUAGGCAAGAAGAAACUUCAUCAGAUGGUUGAUACCAAAUCUCCCUCCACAUUUAAGCGCGUAAAAGUCGAUGCUACCCGCAAUUUCCCUGAAAAUUGUGGUUCAUUUGUUUAUCAAAACAAUGGAAGCAAAGAUAUCUACCCGGAAUUUCGGUCCAAUAGCAAGCGUGUAAAAGUCAAUUCUACGAGGAGUUUUCCGAAGAAUUGUGGCCCCUGUGUUCCUGAAAAGAAGAAAGGAAGUGAUACUCCAUGCUCUGUUGAUUCUGAGAUCAAAAGUUGUUCUGAUGUUGAUAUGAAUGUGGUUGAGUCAGCUGAGCCUUUGAGUGUUUUCGAGCCAGAAGAUGAUUUGGCUGCAACUGUUGUGUGUCCAAAAGAGGCUGGUGAUUCAAGUCAUCAAAAUACCUCAUGUCAACCUGCUAAUGGAAAUCAGCAGCAUGAAGUCUUGGUUAAUCUGGUUCUCCAGAAUCCAUCAAUUGAUUCAGGAAAUACAUGUGAUUGGUUUAUAAAAAGCGAGCCUAUUGAAAAUGAACCAGAAUUGCCUGCUAUUGUUUCACAAGAAAAUCUAAUUCAAGGUCGAGAUGAACCUAGUAAGGAAACAAGCAAGAGAGUUCAUUACGGAGAAGUUCCUUACGAUGAAUACAGGAGUCGGGUAGACAAUGAUGAAAUUUGCAUUUUAUCCUGCUCCGAGUCGAACUCAUUAAAAUCAGGUCUCAAGACCCUAAGUGCCGGUAAGAAAGGGGGCAAGGGUGAGAUCGUGCAGGAAGAAGCAGUUAGUAGUCCAGAACCCCUACACAAGUGCAAUGUUAUUUUUGAAGAUGAAUCUGUGGUCAUGAAGAACCAAAUAGUUCUCGGAGUAUCUCAAGAAGAUUUAAGAAAUUCUGUUGUCAUGUGUAAUGUUUCUGGUAAUGGAUUGUUGACUGAACAUGAACAUAUUCAGAAAGUGAAAGAAGUUAGAGAGACUCUGAAACUUUUUGAUGACGAAUAUACUAAACUUUUGCUAGAAGAUAGAGCAGAAAAACAUGAAGGAGGGCCCAAAAGAAGUAUCCAUAUAGAGGCAGCAAUGGCUUUGAAAAAACAGAAAAAGUGGGUAAAUUGUGAGUGGACUUUUGGACAUGUUCCUGGAGUUCAAAUUGGGGAUCAAUUCCGGUUCAGGGCGGAACUUGUUAUGAUUGGACUACAUCACCAAUUUAUUAAGGGUAUCAAUUAUGUGACUAUUGGCAGAAAAGAUGUCGCAUCUAGCAUUGUUGAUUCUGGUCGGUAUGACAACGAGGCCAUAUCUUCUGAAACGUUCAUUUAUGUAGGUCAAGGCGGGAAUCCAAAAGUAUCUGUUAAUGCGAGAAUGGAAGAUCAAAAGCUUGAAGGGGGUAAUCUUGCCUUGAAGAACUCCAUGGAGUUGGGAUAUCCGGUGAGGGUUAUUUGUGGUCGACAAAGAGUGAAUGGUGAAAAGAGUGAUACAAGAUACAUUUACGAUGGGCUCUACACCGUGACUAAGUGUUGGGAAGAAAGAGCUCCAACUGGAAAAUACAUUUUCAAGUUUGAAUUGAAAAGAAAUCUUGGCCAACCAAAACUUGCUCGUGAACUAGUGUCACGGCCAGCAAAGUUAGUCAAGGUUAAUCAAUUUUGUGUCAACAAGGCAAAAAAAUCAAUUUUGCAGUCGGAGUUUGUUGUGGACUAUGAUGUCUCCCAAGGAAAAGAGAAGAUACCAAUCCUUGUUGUCAAUGCAAUAGAUGAUGAGAGACCCUCACCAUUCACUUACAUUACCAGCAUGCAAUAUCCGGAUUGGUAUUAUAUUUCUAGGCCUCAAGGUUGCAAUUGUACAAGUGGAUGCUUGGAUUCCGAGCAAUGCUCUUGUGCUUCUAGGAAUGGAGGUGAAAUUCCAUUCAACACAAGAGGCUCUAUUGUUAGAGCACAACCUCUUGUUUAUGAGUGUGGUCCAUCUUGCAAAUGUCCCCCUUCUUGCAAAAAUAGAGUUAGCCAACAUGGUCCUCGAUACCAUUUGGAGGUUUUCAAGACCGAAUCGAGAGGAUGGGGUUUGAGGUCACGAGAUUAUGUCACACGUGGUAGGUUUAUAUGUGAAUAUGUUGGGGAGUUGCUUGAUGAAAAGGAAGCUGAAAAUAGAAUAGGCCAUGAUGAGUACUUGUUUGAUAUUGGCAAUUAUGAUGAAGAAAUCCCCAAAAGGAAUGUUGCGCGUAAUAAUAACCUCAAAGUUGAGUCAAAUUCUUUGACGAGGAAGGAUGAAGAUGGCUUUACCCUUGAUGCGUUAAGAUAUGGGAAUGUUGGAAGAUUUAUCAACCAUAGUUGCUCACCAAACCUUUAUGCUCAAAAUGUCAUGUAUUACCAUGGUGAUAAGAAAGUACCUCACAUAAUGUUUUUCGCUUCUGAGAGUAUUGCUCCAUUAGAGGAGCUUACUUAUCACUACAACUACGAUGUUGACCAAGUUUCUGAUAAAAAUGGCGAUAUGAAGAGAAAGAAUUGUAGAUGUGGCUCUCGGAAGUGCGAGGGGAGAAUGUACUGAAGAACUACUCAUCCUCGAAUUUUGCACUUUUUAUCAGAGGAUGAGCUUUUUCUUGCACUUGUAGUAAUGAACACCAGCUUGUCACAUGGUUGUAUUAAGGAACUGAAAGCUUUCAUGGAGUUCAGCUUAGCUUUAGUGUUGAAUAUUGAUUAUUGAACUCAACUGGGUUUUCAGCUUUACUGUAUUUUUCAAAGUACUUUCAGUGUCUUAUUUCAUGCAUCAAGCGCACUUGAACAAAAGAAAAUAUCACUUCUUUUGCCAGAAUUUGCUUUGCAUCUAUUGUUCUUUUCUAACAUUUCUGUAUAAAUUUAGUGUAGCUGACAAUUAUUUCAUUAAGUGUUGCUUGGUAUGCUGACUAAAUUAUCUCGGGAUUAAACUCUUGAGAUUCUAUCGUUAGAUUAGUUUAUCCAUCUUUGGGUAGGAUAAAAUAAUCCAAUGGGAUAAUGGAUGAGAUAAAGUGAGAUAUCCGAGAUCAAAUUCAUAUUGUGUUUGAUUGACGAAUAAAUUUACACAGUUGAUCGAAAACACUAUUAACAACUUAUUCGCUAGUCUAUUUACAAUCUACGGUGGCCCUUGUAAAAUCAAAGAGUCUUGAAAUUAUCCAAAUAUCUACAAUAUAUCUUAUGUAAGUUUAAUAUGAGCAAUGACACUAACAAAGAUGAAAUAACCUGAAACUGCAAUAAUAUACAGUGGCUGUUCUCUAGUAAAUUAUAUAAUAGGUCGAUCAAAUAAAUACACUAGUAUAAAAUCACAAUUUCAAGCCUAUAAACAAACAAUAGCUUACAAGAAAGAACAAA